AAUUAAUCAGCUGUCGCUGUUGUGUCUUAAGAAGAGACAUGGCGGCCGUGGCAGUUCAGGUAGUGGAAAUAGAAUCACACAAUGAACAGCUUUGACAGAGCAUACUCGUUACCCAUACCAGAAGCAAGUCGUAACAGGCCUAAUUAAAAAUAUACAGACAGACAGAUUGCUCGAUCCAUCGCUGAACUUUCAAAAAUGUCACCAGAGGAGCAUUGGAAAAUGCAGCAUGAAAAAAUUCAUGUUAAACACCGUGGCCAUGAGGCCAUGCAUGCAGAGAUGGUACUCAUAUUGAUAGCUACCCUGGUGAUUGCACAGAUCGUGUUGGUCCAGUGGAAACAGAGGCACUGCAGAUCUUAUAAUAUGGUGACCUUGGUGCAGAUGUGGGUUGUUCCUUUGUAUUUCACAAUAAAACUUUACUGGUGGCGUUUUCUCUCCACAUGGGGAAUGUUCUCUGUAAUAACCAGCUACAUCAUCUUCAGAGCUACCCGCAAACCCCUCUCAGGAAGGACGCCACGAAUGGUUUACAAAUGGUUCCUCCUCAUUUACAAACUCAGCUAUGCAGUUGGUGUCUUGGGGUAUCUGGCCAUAAUGUUCACCAUGUUUGGGUUUAAUUUAUUAUUCAGGAUAAAAACAGAAGAUUCAAUGGAUUUCGGUGUGGUAUUGCUGUUUUAUGGCUUGUACUAUGGAGUCAUGGGGAGAGACUUUGCUGAAAUAUGUUCUGAUUAUAUGGCCUCUACUAUAGGGUAUUAUACUGGGAGAGGAAUGCCUUCAAGGAACCUGUCUGAUGACAUCUGUGCUGUAUGUGGACAGAAGAUCUUUGUAAACUUGGAUGAAGAAGGAAUCAUUGAGAACACAUACCAGCUCUCAUGCAAUCACAUAUUUCAUGAAUUCUGUAUCCGAGGCUGGUGCAUCGUGGGCAAGAAGCAGACCUGUCCAUACUGUAAUGAGAAGGUAGACCUCAAGAGAAUGCUCAACAACCCCUGGGAGCGCACCCAUGUUUUAUAUGGCCAAUUGCUGGACUGGCUGAGAUACUUGGUUGCUUGGCAACCUAUCAUUAUUGGCUUUGUUCAGGGUAUUAAUUACACUUUUGGCCUUGAGUAAUGCUUUUAUGAUUAAUGGUGCUGGUAUUUCUAACAGUUAUACAAGUAUUUGCUGAUGCUGUGCUUAACACUGCAAAAACAACAGUAGCUUUUUUUGUACAAACUAAUUUAUUAAAAACUGCAUAACUUAUUAAUGUAAAUAGGUGCAGCAGUGUCUUGCAUAACUGUGUACAGGCGCAGCAUGUGGUAUUCUCAGAUCUAAUUAAGUAUUUUCUAGCUUUUAAAUCAAGUAUCGUGUUGCUAAACACACUGAAAGUGGGCAAUAACUUUCUACACCUUGUAGAUACUGUAUGAUCUUAUUCUUUUAACGUUCAUAUUUGGAAAAUGCAUAUUUUAAUUUUUUUUCUUAUGCUUUUCCGUUCUAAAUGUUUACAUGCUGAAGGACUGAAACUAUGGCAAAGUGUUUUUUUGUUGUUUUUUUUUUU